AUGUUCACGAAGUACGUCGAUGACUAUAACGCGAAGAAUCGCAACACCAUAACUUUUAAUGGUCCUACUUUGGUGAAGAAGCUCGUAUCGGCAACGGAUGACCCUAACGCAAAAAGUAUCGCGGAGAAAUUAUUGGGGUCUGUCGACAAUGUGCUCACAACACUGAACAUUAACAAGGAUAAACUCAAAGCUAUCUCUAGCGGGAAGUUGGACGCGUUGGAGCAGUUUAUUAAGAUGAAGGGCAGUGAAGACGAUGUGAUUGCGACGUUGACGAGUCUGUUUGGUGGACACAACAAUCUUGCGAAUAUUUUGGAUAAAGAAAAACGGAUCGGAAUGCUAUCCCGCUGCAACAGAAACAAUUUGCCGCGUUGGUAA